GCUUCUGUCCGACACCCGCACUUCCUACGGCGUGACGCCACUUCCGCAGUCGGGGGGCUACGUCAUCAUUACGCGUCGGCCCCUGGUGUUUUGCUCUGCUAGCUUGUUUGCUGCAGCUACGACAGCGUUUAAGCGUGAAUCCGUUUCUCCUGGUGCGGACACUCAGGCGUCACCAUGGGUGAGAGGAAAGGAACCAACAAAUACUACCCUCCAGACUUUGACCCGGCCAAGCAUGGGUCACUCAACGGCUACCACAACACCCACGCUCUCAGGGAGAGGGCCAGGAAACUGUCUCAGGGCAUCCUCAUCAUCAGGUUUGAGAUGCCCUACAACAUCUGGUGUGAUGGCUGCAAAAAUCACGUUGGCAUGGGGGUCCGUUACAACGCCGAGAAGAAGAAAGUGGGGAACUACUACACCACGCCAAUCUACAGGUUUAGGAUGAAGUGCCACCUGUGCGUCAACUACAUUGAGAUGCAGACGGAUCCGGCAACUUGCGACUACGUGAUCGUGAGCGGGGCGAACAGGAAGGAGGAGCGCUGGGACAUGGCUGAGAACGAGCAGAUCCUCACCACAGAGCGGACGGAGAAGGAGAAGCUGGAGACCGACGCCAUGUUCAAGCUGGACCACGGUGGGAAAGACAAGGAGAAGCUGAGGAAGGCUCUGCCCUCUCUCUCGGAGAUCCAGGACUCCCAGUCAGGCUGGAAGGACGACUUCCAGCUCAACAGCACUCUCCGCAGGAAGUUCAGAACGGAGAAGAAGGUUCUGACGGAGCAGGAGGAGAAGGAUGACGCAGUGAGGACGAGGACGAACCUGUCCAUCCGCCUGCUGCCGGAGAAGGAGGAGGACAAGAAACUGGCAGCGCUCCUCACGUACCAGGCCCCUGACUCCUACGACGACAGGCAGCACAGCAAGAGGAAAGAGAUCUCCUCUCGGUCGUGGUUCCGCUCCCCCGCCGCCACUGCCACACCAGGAAGCGCCGCCGGCGGUCUGCUGCACAAACUGGGCCUGCAGGGGAAAGAAGCAGCGGUGGCCAAAGCCCUCAGCUCCUCGCACAGCCCGCUGAUCCGCAGACGCUCCGGACCCUGCGCCACCGUCGGCCGCAGGAAGUCGGACCCCGGAGUCGGCACGUGCGCUGCAGAGUUUUCAAAGGUUCCGAAUGUAGUUGUUGGACCCACAGGGGCCGGUGAGGAAGCAGCAGAGACGAACAAUAACAGUAAGGAAGUGGACGAAGCGCUGAUGAAGGACUGUGAGAGAGAGGAGCAGCAGGACAGAGGCCGAGGAGCAGUCCCGUCCCUGGUGGCCGACUACAGCGACUCGGACUCGGACCCCGGACAAUGAGUCACGACGGAGACACAUGGCGUCACUUUCUGAGGACAAAACUUUAAACGGGAGAUGCUUUUUUUUCUUUUUUAAGGCCUGUAAACUGCAGUGUCAAAAAUAUUUGGUGUUAUUCAUUUUUUUGUUGUUGCCAAAUCUGAGAAACCUUGUUGUUUAAUGUAAUGUUAAUUAAAUAUAGAGAUGCUUUUGAA